AUGAGUGGACUCUUUCAAAACAUCUACCAUCUCCGCCGGGUAGCAGACACCGCCGCAAAGGCGUGCUACGUCUGCCAUAAGCCCUCGAGCAGCGUGAUGAUUACGCCCGACAACAAGCUCGGUUGGUAUGGAACAGCAUUAGUAACAUCGUUGAAGGAUUUUUUCUACAUUUGUCCUAUUCAUCUGAAGGAUCGGCAUUUCUGCUCUCCUAUCGUUGACACAGAGGAAGAGGAAAAGAAGAAGAAAGAAGAAGCAUUAGCAAAAGAGAUCGAGAAAGUAAAGAAGGAGUACGAAGAGAGACAGAAAAAGAAGAAAGAGAAGUCGAAAGAAAAGAAGUCCGACGAAGAGUCAAAGAAGGAAGAAGGAUCAUCCACCGACAAAAAGGCGGACAAUGACGAGAAGGAACAAGACGAUAAGAUCGAAUCCCUCAAGAAGUCAGCACAAUCCACGUCGACGUCCACGUCGGAUGACGGGCCUCGUAUUUUCGCAUUGCAUAAAAAUUUCUACCAGAUGCGCAUCGACAGACUGCGUAAUCUCGAGGCUGCCAAGAGAAAUCGUCAGCGCCUACAGGAUCCCUCGUUUUUCCCGUCUGUCCCGUCCAAAGGGCUCUGA